GAGGUAUAUUGACCGAAAACAAAGCUGAAAUGCGCAUGCGUCCAAAUAUCAGCUCCUCUAUACCUAUAUAUUAGGGGCUUCAUUCAUCAGAAAUUCGCAUUAUAAAUCUGGUGCAAUAUAAAGUUGAUUGAAAUCUCUUGUCAUCUGAAAGGUUUUUCCACGGAGUAUGGGGAUAAGUAUUCUCUAUGCCGUGUGGAUUAUGUUUGGGAUAUAUGGAGUAGCUUCGCAGGGUGAUUCCUUGCGGAGUGCGCUGAAUGCAGUUGAUAGAAGGCAAAGAUAUUACUACGACAACAACCCUGUACUCUAUCCCCAAGAAAAUCCUGUUGAUCUGAGCUAUCUGCCCGAUUCUGACUCUAUUGGAGGAAAUGAUCUUCUCGGCUAUUUCCCCGAAGACGAUAACGAUGCUGGAAAUCAGAUUUCUUCCUCAUUCAGGGAACGUCAAGAAGACCGUGAAAAACAAUUGGAAGAACUAUCCCAACGCGUUUUGUCCAACUUGGAAGGCGACGAAACAUUCGAUAACUCUGUUUAUCGAGUGAAAGACCCUUGGCGCAAAUAUCGCAACGAUUUUUAUGCCAAAAACGAUAGAAUGCAGCAUAGAAAAAGGCAAUUUUACCCUGACUUCGGCUAUGACAGUAUUGGUUUGAGAAAGCGCGACAAGUUAAUAGAGCCAGAUAAUACAAAUGUGUAUGAUUAUUUCUUCAAUAAUGAGGAUUAUCCAAGUGAUACUUACCUUGAUACUUACGCCUACCACAAAAUGGCCCCAAAUCUAUAUGAUGAAAAGAACCCUUAUGUACGUCCAAACUACUGGUCCAACUUCAGACAUAUCCCUGUUACUAAACGAAGCAGCGAAUAUCCUAAGUUAUCCAAAGAUAAAAAGCUAAAGCGAGCUGGAAAGACAGAUCCUAAGAUCGAAAAAGAUUUAAGCAGCGUCUUUUCAGGAAUUGAGAAAAAGAAACCUUUGAAAUACCCAAAGAAAUCUGACGAGCCCAAGAAAGGAAAGAAGGAACCUGAGAUCAAAAGAAGCAACAAUGUUAAGACCGAAAUGAAGAAAAAUGAUACCAAGAAAACUACAGAGGAAAUUGCUAGUGAGAAGCCGAUUCAAAUCUCGAAGAAAUCAAUCGAUUGGUCUGAUUAUUUUGGGUUGGAUCGUCGCAAGAAAAGCAAGGACUUAGACAAGCAAUGGAUGGUGGAUAGAUAUCAUAAAGCCAUAGCUGUCUCGAAGAAGAACGUUGAAUACCCGCUUCAAUCUUUCCGUAACCAUGAAGGCAUCAAGAACGCCAAAAGGGUUAAAGGAGAAACUGAUGAUAUGAAACUGGAAACUAUGGAUCGUAAAUUGAAGAUGAUCGAAGAUGAAAUUGUUGAUGAUGCUUUGAAGUACACCGGAGCCAAUGAAGGAGUUACAGAUCCGAAGGACAUUGCAGAAGUUGAAGAUGGAAUCAUCUCUCGCUUGGCUAAAGCAUACAGCAUUGAAAAGAUGAGGAGAGCUUUAGGAGAGUAUAAAAUGCUUGUUGAUAAGGAGCGCGAAAAGUUUAAGAAGGAAGAAGAGGAUUAUGUCGAAGAUGAUACUUUCUCUGAAGACAAAAGAGUGUCCGUGCCCAGGAAACAAGCUGUAGACCCUAACAGAGAUGUUAAAGUGGAGGAUAAUCACAUUAAAUGCACUCAAGGCAAUGCUGACUGCGAUGAGGAAAAUUACAAAACUCCCCUUGAACUUCUGGAGCAGAUGAAUUAUGAAAUUGGUGGGUGCCCGAAAAUUCAGCGUGAUUGUAGACAGGUAGCAUCUCUGCAAGGUCCAUAUGCAAAAGUAUUCGAGGAAGCUUGCAACAUCCAUCAGACUUGUAUGUUAUGUGGAAACAACAGCUGGUACCCAGUGGCCAAGCAAUGUAACACCCUGUAUCUGAGCAAAACUGAUGAAUUAUGCGAUGGCAAGCCUGAAUGUCAGAAAGAAAUGCAGAAGGCUGUCCGUUACUUGAUGAACAUCAACAGGAACAUUCGGGAUAAUCCAUCAGGAGACUGCAAUUUGGUCUGUCCAGAUGGAGCCUAAUUCCUGAGGAUUCUUGGACCCUCAAUGUUUGGUGUUGACGAUCGCUGACGAAAACAAUUUCUCAAAUUUAAUGUUGCGCAUCAAAGACAUAGAUAAAGCUUAUUUAUCUCAAACUUUAGUUGCAAAGCAAAAAUUUGAAGUUGUUUCAAUUGUGGUCUUCAGCACAAGCAUAGCAAGAUGGGGUUCCUUCAAACAUACUAACAUGAUGUAUUGAAUGUUUAAAUUAGUAAAUGUUACUUCAGGCAGUCAAAUCCAGAAGUUUGUUGUUAACUUAUUCCAGUUUGGAUUUCAUCGAGAAUAUCUGAUGAUUGUCUGAACUGAAAAGUACUGAUCGUAACCCUAGAUAUAUAUCAGUAAAUUAUCGUCAACUAUAUGUAUUCCAAGUGGCAGUUGUCGAUUCGAACUUCCAAGCUAUGAACAUUAUAAGGUCAUGAAAUUGAUGUAUUUCUCCAUCAGUGUUUUCAUAUAACCUAAUAUGAAAAGAAGAACACACUGGUUUUAAAUAUUAUUUUUAUUCAGCUAUCGAUUUCUGAAAAAUACUUAUAUAAUCAUCAGGCUGUCUGUCAUGAAACAAGGCAAGAAGCUAAAAAUUACAAAAUACUGUAUAAACAUACAAGGAUUCUCAAUUGUGUAAUUUGUAGCUUGUUGCUGUGUUUCAUGACAGACAGCCUGACGUCAUGAAACACAGCAACAAGCUACAAAUUACAAAAUGAAGUACAAACAUACAAGGAUUCCCAAUUGAUUGAGAAUCCUUCAGUUCGCACUGCAUAUUGUAAUUUGUAGCUUGUUGCUAUGAUACAUGACAUCAGGCUGUCUGUCAUGAAACAUAGCAACAAGCUACAAAUUACAAAAUGCAGUACAAACAUACAAGGAUUCUCAAUUGAUUGAGAAUCCUUCAGUUUCUACUAUAUUUUGUAAUUUGUAGCUUGUUGCUAUGUUUCAUGACAGGCGGCCUGAUGUCAUAUAACACAGAAACAAGCUACAAAUUACAAAAUGCAGUACAAACAUACAAGGAUUCUCAAUUGAUUGAGAAUCUUUCAGUUCGUACUGCAUCUUGUAAUUUGUAGGUUGUUGCUAUGUUAUAUGACAUCAGGCUGCCUGUCAUGAAACACAGCAACAAGCUACAAAUUCCUAAUGCACUACAAACAUACAAGGACUCUCAAUUGAUUGAGAAUCAUUCAGUUUGUACUGCAUUUUGUAAUUUGUAGCUUGUUGCUGUGUUUAAUGACAGACAGCCUGAUGAUGGUAUAAGUAUUUUGCCGAAAUCGUUAGCUGAAUAAACAUAAUAUUUAAAACCAGUGUGUUUUUCUUUUCAUAUUAGAUUAUUAGGUCAGUUGAGCGGGAUAAAGAAGUUUUCCUCAGAAUGUUGCACUUUUACUGGAUUCAUAACGGUGAUUCAAAGAGUCCUGAUGCGCGAAAUGCAAAUCUAUGCAGAAUUUCAUUGCACAUCUAGUGAUUCUUGCUCUUCUCUCCGAAUGUUGAUGCUUAAAGGUAAAUUGCAUGGAACAAUGUGUUCCAUCUGGGGAAAAAGACAAUAAGUGGGGCAUAUUUUGAACGCAAGUAUCAUCUUGGAAUUUCGAAAUGACACAAAUAUUCUAUCUGUUGGAAAUCUAAAUGUCAGACCAAGAAAUACUUGUGUCUCCUUCUUGACAAAAAUACAUUGUACUGAAUAUCUCAAUAUAUUUUAAUUAUUGUA